UUUCUGAGCACGCCAUUUUUGUUGGGGAGCAGUUCUGUCUCAGAAAGCGAGGAUUAGAUUGUGUACAGGUACGUCGAACUGAAGGUAGCUUUUAUAUAUUUUUUUAAAAGCUUUUUGGCUUUUCUGGCCACCGGACCACCCGCUCGUCCCGCCACACUCACAGAAUGUCGUCAGAGAACCUGGACUCGGACACUCAGCUGGACUACGAGGACGAAAAACAGGACUCCCAGGAGAAGAACGCCAACCCGGUGAAGGCCGAGGAGGCCAAGCUGAAGGCCAAGUAUCCCGGUCUGGGUCAGCGGCCCGGCGGCUCCGACUUCCUCAUGAAGCGGCUGCAGAAAGGGCAAAAGUACUUUGACUCGGGCGACUACAACAUGGCCAAAGCCAAGAUGAAGAACAAGCAGCUUCCCGUGGCAGGGCCCGACAAGAACCUGGUGACCGGCGACCACAUCCCCACGCCGCAAGACCUGCCGCAGAGGAAGUCGUCCUUGGUGACCAGCAAGCUCGCCGGCUAGCCUUCGCCAUCGCACCUGGAGAACCCCCCCACCCACCCCCCUCCCAGCCUCACCUGUACCCCCACCCAUGUCGUCCACCCCCCCCUACUUCCCUUGUCAUCCGCAGGCAACAUCCAGGCAGACUUGUUGUGUGACAUGCUAGUUUGUGGGGUGGAAGGAGGCGUCGUCCUCUUCUGUCCUCUCCUGAGCACAGCGCCCCCUACUGUGCACAGCGCUCCACCUCUUUGUCUUGGCCGUCCGUGUUCCAAGAUGGUUGCCAUCGGCAGGUGUGUGGCUUGGCCGGGGACAUUGUGCACUUUUGUAUUUUGGUGAUUGAUGUGCGUCGGCGACUGAGGAGCCCACCUUCACGCUCCAGGAUGCGGUGCGGGGUUCGAACGUGCGCACGUCCUUACUUGCUCGUAUACCAAAUUUGCGAUGCGAUGGGAGUUCACGUUGCUUUACUUGUUGUUCCCUCGGAAAAACACGCUGCAUGAUUGUAUCCGACGAGAAAUCCUAACAGGAGGGGCGGGGGACCAUCUUCACUUUUUUUUUUUUUGUCUUUUGCUGUCCGGACAAUCCACAGCGCCUUCCGGUCGCUGAACUUUAUCUGACUUCUGCUUUUUGCGAGCAAGCACCGUUGCACUGGCCGCAUGCUCUUCGCAGUCGUGCUCACACAGGCAUGCCUUUGUGCAGUUCAAGUUGUGCGCUUUGAGCAGGAAAUUGCGCUGCAGAGUGGCAGGAAGAGUGUGGGUUCUUUUUUUUUUUUUAAUCCAUCCUGACAGACUUUCUCUCUUGGAGACACUGGUGGCCAAUCGUGCUUGUGUGCUUCAUCACUUUGGUUACAGCAACAUCCACACAUCUUGAAAUAACACAUGAAAUAUCAUUGGGCUCCAGUAAACAACUCUGUUAAUAUUUCAGAUUUCGUACGGGAAGCCAAUUGAGAAUUUAUUUGAUCUCCUCGAUGUCCAUCUUAGUACACGCUUGAGCCACACUAGUUAGACAAGUCAGCACAAUGGCAGACUUUUUUUUAACUACCAGUAUCGAUUUGAAUCGGAAAAUAAUUUACAAUUUUAAAUGAAUCAAAUUGUUACGUUUUAAAAUGUACUGUCCUCGAAUCGCACCACAGCCCAUAUAAGCGGGAUCCCAUAUUGCUUCUUUGAAUUGAAUUCACUUGUGUCCUAGGCAUUACCUACAAUAAUUGCAAUAUUAUAGAUAAUAUUAUCGACAUGUCUUUGAAAAUCACAAUGUCCCUUCACCGCUGUGAUGUUUGUUAAAACGGCAAAAGAGGAUACUGGAUAUUGAGGAUUUCGAAUAAAAGCUCCAACUACUUUCCAUAAUCUGUAGCGUGUCCGUAACCUGAUAAGAAACAAGGUUGGCUUCUUUUUCUAAAAGUAGGCCGUGGCGUUCCCGCGGGGAUUCGCUCACACGCCUACUCUGAGCAGAAUCCAUAGACGUGUCGUGACGCAUCGGAGACGCCUCAAGCAUGUCAGAGCGCUUUGCGUCUCUGACAAAGCUUGACUUAAAAUGUGCUCGACGAUGAGGGCGAAGGAAGGCACGUUGUAUUUGGAAAGCCGUUUGAGCAGUUAUGCAAAUAUUUGGCUCAAUGUUACCAGUACACUCUUGUUUGUUUCUAGCUAGCUAGCAUCACUUCAUCGGUUAUCAGGCCAUACAUAUCAAAUCAAAACACGGCAAUACCGCCACCUAGAAAGUUCUGUUGGUCUUGAAUGUUACAGACAAGUCUCUUUUCAAUGCCCUC